CUGUACUAAAUCUCUCAAGAUGUUGACACCUACAUUGGAAUACAAUCGCUGUUUAAAGCUAUUUUUAUAUGCAAAUGGUUCUGUGCAUAUUCAUCGCAAACUCUGGCCGAAAUUUCCUGUUCCCACAAAUUAUGAGAACACAACAUGAAUACCCAGCUGAUGAACAACACCGACCAUGGAGUUUUUCAUCGAUGGCUUUCAUCAAGUAAGCCCUAUAUCGGGUAAGUUAUUUCAUCUAUUUAUUGAAUUUUUGAUUAUCUAUAGUAGCCAUUUUUGUCAAAUUUCAUUCAUCUGACUUGUCGUUUACCGUUUGGUUUUGUACUAAACUUUCCACUUCUAAUGUAGAAUAUUAGUCAUCUGUUUAACGUACUUAUCAAAUGGCAAGUUUGUGUGACUGGAUACAAAUAUAAACAUCACUGAUCCUUAAAAAGGCUUAAAGCAAUUUUCCAGUCUCCAUCUUAUGAGAAAGCUAUUUUAAUUACUUUAAUUCCGCCUCGCUAUUGUGUGUUCUUAGUUCUUUUUCUUCUGCAUCGCUUACUUGUACCAAUAAACGUUGCUUAGGUAAAUCUCUAUAAUUUGUUAUCUUCACGGUUUUGUUUUCUUUUGUAAGUUGACUCAUCUUAUUAGAGGAGCAGUUUUUAAAAGGCAGAAACAAAUGAAAAGGGCAAGCUUUCAACAGUCGAACAGUGUACAUGUAAGCUUACAUUUAGAAAAUGGAAGGUAAAUACCCUGCCAAAAGUACCUAUUGAACCUGUCCAUAAUGGCCACCAUGGGGACAGAAGAAAGUGAUCAUUGUAGAGAGGUGGCCAUUGUUGAGAGGUUUAAGCAAGAGUAAGUGUAUGACUUGUCUGCCCAAAAAAGGCCAUUGUAGAGAUGUGACUGUUAGUGGAGUUUCAACUGUACGUAAAACAUGUUUCAAGAGUAUUGCAGGCAUACUGGAGUAAAUUUAUUUCUUGUUUUCACUGAAAAUACUCAGCUUAUUGUCUUCAUUCUACACCAAAUUUAGAUACAAUUUUUUAUUUAUGAGGAAUUGAUUGCACCAGUAUUAGAAUCAAUCUUUUAUAAUUUUUCUGUGGGUUAAACCAUAUUACAGUUAGCCAAAAAUUCAGCCAUAAAAUAUGGAUGAAUCUGACAGGAAGUUAAAGGCCACUGUGUAUUCCUUUCAUCUCUUGAUUCAUUUAUAGGUUGGUUUGAAGACAAACUUCUGAUAAACAACCUCAUUUAUACAAAUUUUAGUUUAAAUUUUUUGAUCUGGGAAGAAACUGUUUUCGCAGAAGAGCAGUCUGUGUUGACUCAAAUAAAAGCUGUUUUCUGAUCUUUUAAAUUACUAUAAUAAUUAUUCUUGUUUACCUUAGGUACAGUCACCCAGUGGGUGUAUUAGUCUUGUCAGUGCUUGGCCUUGUUGUAUGGAUUCUAGGGUAUCGACUCAUUAAGGUAGAAAUGAAUUUAAUUAUUAAAUUGUAGGUUAGAUCAUACAUGAAGCCCUGUUAAUUAGGGUAAAAUUCAAACAAACGACAUGGCCUUAGCAUAGACUAGAUGAAAUGGUGACAACUGACAUAAAGAUGGGUUAAAUACAAACAAGGACAUGGAAAUUCAGACUAGGGAAAUAUAUGUACCUCCCAUGCCAGUCCUAAGAGAGCCUCAUACAUCUGCAGAUGACCUUUAGAAGGCAGAGUUCGGUACAACCAUCACUCAGUAGAUUCAUGCAAAACUGAAAAUUAAUGUGUGGUUCCAGACAAUAUCUAAUGUACCAACCCCACGGGUAAAUGGAAACUUUAGCUAAAGAUUUAAAACUGGCCGUGUUCUUUUCAGACUACUUAUUAGUCAAAUAUUAUUGUCAAAUAAAUUCCAUUAACUCACAAUAGGCUUCUUUCUUUAAGUUGCGUCAUUUUAUAUGGAGUACUGUCUACUCAGGGACAUUUGAGAGAAGUAGCCGUGAAAAAAAUCAAAAGUUAAAACUUUGAGUCCUUUUUAGCCUUGCAAAAAAUGAGACUUUGUGGUGGCUUUGUGAAAACUCAAGACCGCAAGACCAACAGUGAAAAACAAAUAAACAUACAAGAUAGUGAGGCACUUGAAAUUUGGUUAAAAUUUUGUAAGACUUGCAUGUGGAAAGACCAUUUGCCACCUCCAUGUUUGUCAGUGAAAACAAAAAUGAAAAGACUGAUUGAUGAUUUACAGAAAAAUACUAAUAUAUGUGUUGUGAGCUGCCUGAGAAGUAACAAGGUACAAUAUUGUUAUAACUUACUUCUUUUUGUUUGUUUCUAUAGCCGAUAGUUAUCGUCGCAGCCUUUGCUUUUGCUGGGUUUGGGUUUUAUUUCCUCAGUCCUGAUGUAUUAGACACAGAAUUCUGCUGUGAUGGAAACCACAAUUUAGAAGGUAAAUGUUACAGGUCAAAUUAUUUGAAGGUUAAAUUUUUUUACGCUAGGUAGAUUCUCCUUUGUCCUGAUUCUUGAAUAAUUAGUGCUAGGGGACAAUGGAAAUUAAGAAUCAAACAAGGUCAGAAAAUUUUAACCUGAAUUUAUUUUUGCCCAGUAACAUACACAUCCAUGACAGUGCUUGUAAUUUUAUUGUUUGUGUUUUGUGAAGGAGCAAUGCUUACCUAUACCUUCCUCUUGUCAGUGCGAGUCUCCAUAAGUAUUAUUUGUGGACUUAUUGCUGGUGCAUUGGCCUGCUAUGUUUACAAGAUUGGUGUUUUCUGUAUGGGCUGCAUUAUUGGAUGGGUAAGUAAUAUAUCCUACAAAUACAGUCAAUUCCCUUCAUAGCGGACACUGUAGAGACCUCCGAGUUGGUAAGGCCUCUUGAACGAGAGUCACUAAUAGCAGGACUUCAUUUCAGUCAAACAUCUGUGAUUUUUUUUUGCCGAGGAUUUAGCUACUUUCUGUAUUAUCGGGGUGUCCAUUACAGCGAGGUGUCAGCUAGGCAAGAGUUGACUGUAUUGUGUCAUUUCCAGACAUCUCUCUCUCCUUGCAUGUAAAUAGACGAUUUCGAUAUAUUAAAAUUUGAGCUCUCUCCGAGACAUGGGGGAGUAAAAUAAAGAAAUGUGUUAUUCAUCACUCAGAGCCUCAAGAUCAUCAUCAUACAUCAGGCGUCUGAAAUCAGACAACAUGUUUGUUCUCUGAUGUCAGAUGUCUCAUAUCAGAAGUCUGAUAUCAGAUGCCCGAUGUUUGUUGUCUGAUGUCAGACAUCUGAUGUCAGACGUCUGAUAUUUGUUGUCUGAUUUCUAGUUAGACUUCUGUUUGUUGUCUGUCGUCACACUUCUGACAUAAGACGUCUGACAUCAGACAAGAAUCUUCAGACAUCUGACAUGAGACAUCAGACGUCUCACAUCAGUAUGAAACAUCAGAUGUCUAACAUGAGACAUCAGAUGUCUGAUAUCAGAUGCCUGACAUCAUACAGAGGACGUGUGACGUAAGACAUCAGACGUCUGAUAUCAGACCUUUGAAAUCAGACAUCUAAAAUCAGAAGUCUGACAUCAGACAUCUACCAUACCUUGGUACAGACAGGUAAACUGCCGUCACCUGCUGACGAGCGAAAUUACUCAGUCUACACUGUGAAAAUCAUGGAGCACUUGCUGCUGAUGUGGAUAUUUAUUUUAACAUUUACACCUGAUUGCAAUAAUGUCUUAGAAAAGUGAAAAAAAGGAAAAAGCCAAAUGGGAAUUAAUUAGGCUAAGAAACCUAAUGAAUUCAUUUGCAGCAUCUGCACAUAGACAUCAUACUUGCCUGUUGGAAUUUGCUAUUGUUUUAAAGGUGAAAGACAAUAAAACUAAAAAUUCUAUCGGGGAAAUGCAAAGACUGCAAAUGAAUCCACCAUGAGAAUGUGGCUAAGUUAGCCGAAUUAAUUCCUAUUUGGCCUUUUUCUUUUUUUCAUUUUUCUGUGACAACGGUUUUGCAAUUGGGUGUAUAUAGCAAGCCAUUUACUGUUCUGACAAACACUAAUCCAGAGUUUCCUGUUGUUAUCUACACCUACAGGCUCUUUCUGUUGUAGUGGUCACUCUUGCGAUAUCAAAACACUUGUCAAGGUAGGCUUGCAGAUAUGACACAACAACAUAACAGAGUAAAGAAAAUAAUUUUCACCUCACUUGUCCGUGUUAACACUGUACUUUCUAAUAGUAUGAUUCUAUUUUCAGUGACCUGGCAUUUUAUGGUAUAUAUGCUGGCACUAGUCUUGCAUUUGGAGUGGUUGCUGUUUGGCUUGAGAAGGUGUUUGUUGUUAUUGCCACCUCGUUUACUGGAUCACUGAUGUUUCUUCUUGGUUAGUAAUGACAUUGUGUUGCUUCAUAAAAAAUUCAUACUCUCUUGAAGAGAGAGAGUUAUUGCUUUGACCCCUUCUCCCUCUUCCCGCCCCAGCCACCAGCCCUCUCAGUGGAAAUUAGAGUUUAGAUUCAGUCUUUCCCUGGCAUAUUUUGGCCUUCAAGAUGCCCUCCAAUGACCCUUCUUAAGGUGUUUUUUUUCUUUGGGAUUUCCCUUGGUUAUCUGGGAUGCACUAAAAAAUUGGGUUUAAUGACUCUCUUAGGUCUGGAUCACUAUUGCAGGACUGCUUUUACCCAUUUGAUCCAACAAAUUCUGUUCAAAACAAAGGAUGCACUCAGUCAGGCAGCCAUCACACCCUCUAGAGUUAAACUGGAGUUUCAUGAGGCUCGUGAAGAGUUUACUGAUCAAGGUAAGACAAGACCCGACCACUCCCAAGAAUAUGUUCGUUAAGCUCGCAGGGUCAGAAGUAAAGUCCAAGGCUUUUCACACUUAGUCGUAAUUUGUAUUCACACAUGCAAGUUUUCCUCUCAGUAUGCAUUAUUAUUGUGUACUGUAUAAUAUAUUCCUUGUUUUACUAUCUCUUUAUUGUGAGUUAGGCCCGAUUACCAACCGUUUGUUAGGAAAUGACCCCCACUCCUCCCCUGAGCCUAGAAAUUAAGGCCGUUUCCGAGGAGUCGUAAGCCUACAUUUUGAAAGAGGGCUGUGUACCCGGGGGGAAGGGGGGGGGGUACUGCCAUAUAUGGGCUAUAUAGGUAUGUGCCGCUGUGAAGGGUAUGGUUUUCAAGCAGUUUACUCUAGGAUAGGGUAUAUAAAUCAGAGCGUUUGGCUCUAGAAUAGGGUAUCAUUUUUUCAGUUGGUUGAAGAUUUUAUCUAGACUAGGUACACAGCUACUCUAGGAUAGGGGGAUUUGGGGAGUUUACUCUAGUAUAGGGUAGCAAAAUUCAGCUGAACUAGCUCUGGUAAAGGUUAAGGGUUCCAGACUCCCAGCGGCACAUCCCCACCCAGAAAUUCCUAAAGUGCCCCCCCCCCCGGGGCUGUGUACAAAGUGUUGUUUAUGAAAAUGACCUAUUCACAUACAGUUAAACCUCAUGUACAAAAGAGAGGUGUUGCAUUUGGCUCGAUCCAUUUUGAAAGUGAGGGUUUUAAGAGCAUUAUCACACCCUUUUUCCAGCAUUAGCAAUGUUCCUUGGAUGGUUAUUAAUGUCAGCAGUCGGCGCCAUGUUACAGUUCAUGUACACAGCGCAGGAGAUCGACACAGAUCUGUUCAUUAAAAGCUGUGCAUGUGGUUCAAGAGACGAUAAUGUUCCCGACGAUAAAGGAGUCAGAUAUGUUGUCCUGCCACCACCUAAACUGAAGGCCAUGUUACUGCAUCAGACAAGUAGAAGAGAACUAAUGAUGGACUCCUGGGAUGACAAUUUGACGGGAUAG